GCUAGUUGCUACAAAGCUAAAGCUAGGCUAACUAGCUGCAACUUUGUGAUAUGUUGUUAAGUUUACACCAAGUCUCAAUGAUGGUGCCUCCUUAGUGACUGGGACAUGGAGUUAAGAAAUAUCAAGGACCAGUCUCCACUGGUUCAGGCCAUAUUCAAUCAAAACGUUGAAGACGUGACAUUUUUGUUGGAACACAAUGAAGAUGUCAACGCACAGGACCAAGAACAAAGCACACCACUUCAUGCUGCUGCUUAUUUGGGCAAUGUCCACAUUAUGGAAAUACUUAUAAGUUCAGGCGCACACAUCAACGCUAAGGACCAGGGGAUGCUUACACCUUUACAUCGAGCAGCAGCCUCACGAAACGAAAGGGCUGUGGAGCUGCUCCUGAAGCACAAAGCAGAAGUCAAUGCACGGGACAAAUUCUGGCAGUCACCGUUACACAUGGCAGCUGUGAGCUGGGCCACAGGUUGUUCUGCAGCUCUGAUCCCACAUGUUUGUAGCCUGGACGUUACUGACAGAGCAGGAAGGACGCCAUUACAUCAUGCAGCGCACAGCGGACACACAGAGAUGGUGAACUUGUUUCUGCGUAAAGGUGCCAGUUCAAACGCCAAAGAUAAGAAGGAAAGGCAACCAGUUCACUGGGCUGCACAUCUUGGCCAUUUGGACAUCAUGAAGCUGCUGGUGUCUCAUAGUGGAGAAAUGAUGUGCAAGGACAAGCGUGGUUACACUCCUCUUCACGUUGCAGCUGCUAAUGGACAGUUAGAUGUGGUCAAGUUUCUGCUGAGGCAGCAGGUGGAGACUGAUGAACCCAACACUUUUGGGAACACCGCCCUCCACAUGGCUUGUCACACAGGGCAAGACCUUGUAGCCACUGAAUUAUUAAACUGCGGUGCCAACAUAAACCAGCCCAACUCUCAUGGUGACACACCACUGCAUCUGGCUGCUGCCUCCUCCAGCGGUGCGUUGUGUCUUGAGCUUCUUGUCAACAACGGUGCUGAUGUCAACAUGCAGAAUAAGGAAGGAAAAAGCCCUUUACACAUGGCUGCAAUGCAUGGAUGUUUUACAAGCUCCCAGUUUCUAAUUAAAAAAGGUGGGGAGAUCGACUGUGUCGACAUAAAUGGAAACACUCCUGUUCACAUUGCUGCCAGAUACGGUCAGGAGUUAUUGCUCAGUAUUCUGCUGGCGCACGGUGCUGACAGAGGCAGACAUGGAGUUCAUGGGAUGCUUCCACUGCAUUUGGCAGCUCUCUAUGGUUUUCCUGAUUGUUGUCACAUGUUGUUGUCUAACGGCCAGUUUUACAACAUUGGGUCAGCUCCAACAGCUGAUCAAACUCAAACAACAGAGUUUGAUAUAAACGCCUUUGACGAUCAUGGCAGGACGUGCCUGCAUGCAGCUGCUUCUGGAGGAAACGUUGAGUGUCUUAAUUUGCUCUUAAGCAGCGGUGCCGAACUGGAUUCGAAGGACAAUUUGGGAAGAUCUCCUCUUCACUACGCUGCAGCGAACGGGAACAGCCAGUGCACAAUUUCUCUGGUGAGAGCCGGAGCAGAGGUCAACGAGGCGGAUCUGACGGGCUGCAGCCCUCUGCAUUACGCUGCUGCUUCACACAUUUUCUGUCGAGAGGGAACAAACUAUGAAACAAACCUCAGUAUGGGAAAGGAACACGAAACCUUUCUGUGUUUGAAUUAUUUGCUUGACAACGGAGCAAACCCAACUCUGAAGAACAGCAGGGGCUACAGUGCUGUUCACUACGCAGCAGCCUAUGGAAACAAACAGCAUCUAGAACUGCUUUUGGAAAUUUCUUUUAAUUGUCUGGAAGAGGUUGAAAGCAAUAUUCCUGUCAGUCCGUUGCACUUAGCUGCAUAUUAUGGCCACUGCGAGGCGCUGCAUUUGUUGUGUGAGACUUUGGUGAGCCUGGAUGUGCGAGACGUUAAAGGCCAAACUGCGCUCCACCUAGCUGCUCGGAGAGGCUUUUCCAAAUGUGUGGGGGUUCUGUUGCAGCAUCAAGCAUCCUACUCACUGAGGGAGCUCAGGCGCAAGUGGACAGCUCUGCACGCUGCAGCUGCGGAGGGGCAAGUGGACUGUUUGCUUUUAUUGGUCAACAAGGAACAAAGUGCAGACAUCAUUGACAGUCGGGACACGCAGGGACAGACGGCUCUCACGCUUGCUUCACUAGGAUGUCACACCGACUGUGUUUACAUCCUCCUGGAGAAAAAAGCAAAUGUGGAUGCUGCAGAUAAACAAGGUUUUACUGCCCUGCACAGAGCUGCGAUGUUGGGCAGCGAGGACUGCCUGUCUGCUCUGUUGGAACAUGACGCCUCUGUCCUCUGUAGAGACUCUCAGGGAAAGACGCCGCUUCACCUCGCAGCAUCCUGCGGUCACACAAAGCUGCUCCACACUUUACUAAAGGCUGCUAAGAAAGCCGACCCUCUGGACUCCUUGUUGGACUUCAGAGGCUUCACACCCACACACUGGGCUGCAUACAACGGGCAUGAAGGAUGUUUACGUGUUUUACUUGAAAACAAACUGUUUAGCAACCGAGAAGGAAAUCUUUUCACUCCACUGCACUGUGCUUUAAUCAGUGGACAUGAUGCUGCUGCUGAGCUUCUAGUGAAGACCAUUGGUCCUCAGCUUGUCCACGUUAAAGAUGCCAAAGGAAGGAAGCCACUGCAUGCAGCUGCUUAUUCAGGGAGUGUUGCUGGGCUCCAGCUGGUUCUGACCCGGGGAGCAGAGCUCAAUGCCGUGGAUCAUUUUGGUCGUUCUGCUCUCAUGGUUGCUGCAGACUGUGGACAGAACACAGCGAUUGAGUUCUUGCUGCACAAGACGAAGCCAGACCUGACCCUGGUGGAUAUUAACAAUAACACAGCACUUCACUUAGCCUGCAGCAAGGGUCAUGAGAUGUGUGCUCUGUUGAUCCUAACAGAGAUCACGGAUUCCUCCCUCAUCAAUGCAAGAAAUAAUUCUCUUCAGAUGCCCCUUCACAUUGCAGCCAGAAAGGGUUUGGCCACAGUAGUGCAGGUCCUACUGAGCAGAGGAGCAGCAGUCAUGGCUGUAGAUGAGGAAGGUCACACACCAGCUCUGGCCUGCGCCCCAAACAAAAACGUAGCGGACUGUCUGGCCCUGAUCCUCUCCACCAUGAGGCCUUUCCCUCCCAGAGAGUCUGAAACCACCGCAGCUUCUCAUUUCAGCCCCGUCCUGAAGAACUGUGGCGUCGCUGCUGCCUGCAAGUCCAAUGGAAACUUGUGCCACGCCUGAGUCAAAGCCCUGCCGUUGUGGUGAAGUGACAUUUUAACAGAAUUUAGCUGAGUCAUGAUAAAAGACUGCUUCUCUUAAAUCUAGUCUUACACAUGACUAAAAUGAGCAGAUCCCUCAGAUUAUGUUUUCUUUCAUGGGUUAUGAAGUAUUUAUCAUUAGAAGCGAACGGUAAUAAUGAAUGGAAGUUUUAAUGUGAGCACACUAAACAAGCCUUUGUACUUGAACCAGGUCCAAAGUCAGUAUUAGCUUUUUAAAAGCUUUUUAA